UGCGCGCGGAACGGGAAAGGGGGCGUGGUCCUGAUCCAAGAUGGCGGCGGGGCAGAGCGGAGCGUCGGGACGCAGCGGGGGCGGCGAGAACCGGUUGGUCUCUUUGCCUUUGUCUCGGAUCCGCGUGAUCAUGAAGAGCUCGCCCGAAGUCUCCAGCAUCAACCCGGACGCCAUCUUCCUCACCGCCAAGGCCACGGAGAUGUUCGUCCAGUGCUUAGCCACAUACUCCUACAAACACGGCCAUGGCAAGGAGAGCAAGGCCUUAACCUACAGCGACCUGUCCCACGCGGCAGAGAAAUCCGAGACCUUUCAGUUCUUGGCAGAUAUCCUGCCAAAGAAGAUUUUAGCAAGCAAAUACCUAAAAAUGCUUGAAAAGGAAAAGAAAGGGGAACAGGAGGAGGAGGAUGAAGAAGAAGAAGAUGAAAAUAGUGAAAAUGGAAGUGAAGAUGAAGACACAUCUUGAGUCUGAGAAGUGAUGAUGUUCAUCCCAGGUUGUUUCAUAAACAUUUUGAAAUUAUUUCUGGGCAUGCCGAUUCCUGCAGUGUCUGUAUUGAUUGCAAAGUGAACAAGUGGGAUUCCCAAGCUGCUUCAACUACCAUUUUUCUAGAGACUUAACUGAAAUUCAGUAUGUACAGAAUAUAUCUUUUGUAUCCUAUAAACUAUAGCCCUUCAGAGAAUGACUAAGCUUUCUUGUCAGGAGGAUAAAUCCAUUUUCAGUUCAGAGGCCUCACACUCUUUGCCCAUAUUGGGCAAACUUCAAAAGUUCAAUUAUUCUUUACUUGCCAAAUGAUGGUUUUUCCCUAUGAGCUGCAAGGGAAUUACUUUGCUUCUCUAAAAGGGAGCUGUUAAUUAAGCAGCUUCAUAGAAGCCAGGCUACAUUUGUUUAGGAUUUGUUUCAGAUUUGUUUGUUAUGAAUGUAGUUAAAAAAGAUUGUGUGGCCUUAAGGGAAGGAAAAUCACUACCCUGCUGCUUCAGGUCAAUAUGUAUAUUUGGUUAAUAUGUUCAUUUGGAAGAUUUUGAAUAUAGAUUGCAUGUAGAACAGACAAAAACAUUCCUGUUUUUAUAAUGAGGUUUGUAUUAAUAGAUUUGAGUACCAUUUGAGUAAAGAAGCAGUAUGUUUGUCGCCACAGUGGAAAGAAUUGUAGAAGCUACAUGUAUCUACGAUAGUGCUUGUGUUUUAUAAAUGCUGAUGAGUUGAGACUAUCAUUCGAAGUCACAUAUUUUGUAUGACUACACAAGUAUUUCUCUUAUUUAAAAAAACCUUAAACUUAUUGAGAAAUAAGGUGCCAUGAUAGAAGUGUGUGUUUUCUCCUCUUUUAAUUACCUAUAUUGUAUGCUGGUAAAAUUUGGAUUGUGUGGCUGAGGGGCAAGCAUGGAUGUUGUGAAUGAUAAGACACCACUUCAUGGUGAUCAAUUACAAAAUUUUGGAACGCAAAUUAACUGCCACAGCACUAUGCUAUGGGAUUGUGGCAGUUGUAAUUUUACAGUCAGCCUUAAAACCUCUUUGCCCUUUCUCUGCCGAAGAAUGCUGCAGCCUCACCAAACUACAAGUCCCAGGAUCCCAUACAAUUUGAGCCAUGGCAGUUAAAUGUGUUGAACUGCAUUUAUUCUAUAGUGUUGAUGCAGCCUUAAUAUCUCGUUUUAGUAAGUCUUUGUGAAAUCAGUCCACUGAUGGGGAUGGAACAGGCAUGGGCAAACUUUGGCCCUCCAGGUGUUUUGGACUUCAACUCUCACAAUUUCUAACAACCAGUAUUGUGGGAGUUGAAGUCCAAAACACCUGGAGGGCCAAAGUUUGCCCAAGCCUACUUUAGGUUAUUACUCUGGCAACUAAAAUUAAUAAAAGGAAAGAAAAAUACAUUUGAACUUGUAAAUAUGAGUAAUUUAUUGACAUACUAUGAGGCAGAAACAAAAUUGACACCAUACAAAAUAACUUUAUAAAAUAUCAUUCACAUAUUUCAUCAAGAUUUACAGCAUUUUGAGCUCGUUACAUAUGUAGUAUGGAGGUAAAAACACUACGCUAAGUCUUUAGUAGUAGUUUAUAAUAUAUACACACACAUAUACACAAGAAACCAAAAAAAACAAAUGUUAGUUUGUCAUGAGUUUAUUGCAGAAGGUAGUGCAAAAUAUUUUUACUAGCAAGCUGUAAAACAAAACGUGGAAAAAGGAACCAGUGAAGCUUCAAAACAAGACAAUAGAUGUUGAAUUUUUUCACAGUCUCCCGGAGCUUUGUUCAAGAGUUGCUCUCUUCCUCUCACCCCAACAGGAAUGAAUGAAUGAACUAACUCCCUUUGCAAUGUAUCUGAGGAACCAUGGACUAUUGAAGUUCGAUCUGGUGCAUCCAAGCAACAGGGAAUGUGUUGCUUGGGGUCACCUUGAUAUUACUUCAAUUUCAGAGUUUUGCAGAGGUGGCUUAAUACUUUGGCUCAGGCUCCCAGCUUUUCCUCACCUUUAUUAGCUUAUUUCUUGGUCAAUGUAUAAUAAUUAUUAGACUGCUUCUCUUGAGUUGGAAAGCAACAAGCAACACCCCUUCCUGCUGUUUCGGUCUUGUCCUGUUAUGAUAAAGCAAGAGGCAACAUAUAUUGUCUGUUUUCAAAGCUGAGGAACCUUUUUCUCAAAAUCCACUCUGUAAAAACAGUCACUACAUCCUCUACGGUACAAUGCAGGGCAGACUUGAUAUCAACUACUGAACACACAACCAGUAAAGGAUAAGAAUCUCUAACCAAGUGAAGAGAGAGACCGACUCUCCAAGUUCCUUAAGGGGAUCCAACAAAUACAAAUUAAAAGCCAGGUAGCCAGUUAACAACAAUAAAACUAAUGACAGCCAAACGCAAUGCUCUAUGAAAUAAAAAGGAACAAAAUGCAGCAUAUUCAGGCUCUUGUUUCAAUCUUGAGGUACCUGUAAGUCUUACCAUCUGCCCAAAAGUACUAUGGUACAUUAAAAAAACAUGUUACAGUUCUUUACCAUCAGCCAAUUUAUAGGACAUUAUUACUGAGAAAGUGCAACAAUGCUGAUCGCUUAUAUGCAGCAUAUUAAAAGGAUGGUUACUCUUUUAUAAAAUAUAGCUUUACUUAUAGACCCAUCGGGACAGUUUUUGUAAUACACACAUUUUUUUUCCUGUUGAUUUGAGUCUCUCUGCAGCAAAACAAAAAAAAAUCUCCUUUAGGGUAUAGCUUAAAUCCUGUCAUUUAGGAAUGUUGGUGCUCUGUUUUUGUUUUUUUGCUUUUUUUCAAUAUUAAAACUAAAUAGUAUUUCACGA